CACACACAGAUGACAGAAACAUAAAUAUCCGAACCAGCAUUUAACCUAACCCCAUAUUUACUUCUGCCAACCACCACCCACCGCUCCACUUUCCCCCGCCUUUAAAAGGGCUCGGCCUCAGCAGCAACACCAACGCCCAACAUUCACUCAAAAACUAAAAUGGCGAAGUCGGCAGUUGCUCUCUAUUUCCUUGUUGCUAUUCUCGCCGCGGUGCCUAGCCACGCCGGCAGGCACGUCCCAGGCCCAGCUGGCACUACGAACGAAGUGGUCGCCGGAGCCGGUCCCGCUGGCGCUGGCGCUGGUGUGGGUGACGAGAAGAACUUCAUGACGUACGGAGGAGUUGGCGGCGUGAGUGGGGUUGGCGGCAACGGGCUUCCCUUCGGCGGCGUGGGUGGACUCGGUGGCGUCACCGGACUCGGCGGUGCUGGUGCUGGAAUCGGAGGUGGAAUCGGUGGCGGCUUCCCGGUCGGCGGCGACGGAAGCGGGCUUGGUGGGUUGGGUGGACUUGGUGGGCUGGGUGGCCUUGGCGGCGGCGGUCUCGGAGGCUUGGGUGGCGUCGGCGGUGGCGUGGCUGGAGGCGUGGGAGGUGGCGCUGGUGCCGGCGGUGGAGUUGGUGGCGGAACCGGAGCUGGGGUCCUCCCUUACCCUUGAGAGACUUUAGCUAGCGCAUGCAUGCAUGCAUGCAUGGAUGUAGUAACAUUAUUGUCACGCUGUCGAAAUAUGAAGUAGUGUUAUUUCUGUUGUCGGUUUUUUCUUUCCUUGUAGUCUGUUGUGUCUCUGUGUCUUGCUUUAUUAUUGUGUAUCUUUCUUUAGAUGUAUGUCGGAGUCAUGUGUAUCUUCAGCUUGUGUUUGAGCUGGUAUUAUUGACUAUUGCGGGGGGUUUAAUGUCAAUGUGUAAUUCUCUCGUCGUGUUGUCGCUACAUUUGACUUCGAAUGUUUCUUACAAAUGGAGUGAGUUAAUUAAUUUAUUAACUAACAAUCUUGAUUAAGGAGAUGAAUCAUAAUUCAUAACUGCGUAUAUAAUUAGCUGAAACAGAAAUAACGUACAUCCAUCGAAAACGUGUAGUAUUCCCACCUCGAAAAUACUUCUCCCUCCACGUAUAAAAAGCAGAAAAUUAUUAAUCCACCUCCGUACGGUCGGCAGGUGGAACUUUUUUUAGCUUCUAUAAGGUUUAGGCUUGAUAACUACUAAUAUAGUAUAGUUUUGGGUAACCCUUAAUUAUCAUCAGGAUGUUUGGGUUUGGCAGAUAGAUCAUAAAUAAAAUACGGAGGGAAACUGACUGACUGCCCUAAGCCGGCCAGCUGGUUUCUCAUCUCCGAAACAAGGAAAAGCAUGGUCAAGUGGAGACUGGCCAACCAGCUAGAUGCCUGACAUAUUUAUUACGUUUGGUAAAACCUCCCAUUUAUGACUUCAACCAACGCUACUGUUGCCCAACUGAUAGCUGCUUCCCUUUACUACUACACCAAACCAAAAUUUCCUUAAUUAAACAGGAAUGUCUCAAGGAGUUAGUGGCUGGCGCAUACAAAGAGAUCAAAGUCGUGAUCUUGAAGCUCAGGUCGUGAACCCUAGCAAGUGUUUCCCCGGGAAAACCAAAUGCCACCGCCGGUGCCGAAUUCGUUUCCGGCAAUGUUGAUUUGAUGUUUCGGGGUGGAAACUUUUGCGGUGCCGUUUGAUCGAAUGCACCGCUGAUUGCAGAAAUCGAGACGACCGUCAAAUAUCCGCCGCCGAAUGUCGGCGCCGUUGAUUUGAUCGAUGCACCUCUAAAUGGUGAAAUCAACGUGAUCGUCAAAUAUCCACCGCCGGGCGGUGUUGAUUUGAUCGAUGCACCUCUGACUUCUAACCAAGAACGACCGUCACUACGGUUCGCACCUCUCCAAACUACGUUCGAACGAGGGUGUUUGAGUUUUGAGGAAUCUACACUACCGCUACUCCUAUGGAGAUUCCUGUGGAGAGCUCCGCGACUACGACUAACACUACAACUAUGGAGAUCCUUCCUGGAAGGAGAGCUCCGCGAAGGAGUUACAGAGAAAAGGUAAAGUUUUGACAGAGUUGUUCUGUGUUGAUUUGGUUGUCCUCUUUCUCUCUCCUUGCUCCGCUGCUUUUAUUUGAAAUCACUUGCGUAAUCUUCACGCUAGGUGGAACCGCUUCCUCAACUGCUCCGUCCUGAAAUCCCACGUGUCUCAACUGCCUUGAUCUCCUCUUUCUGCUUUGCGUAAAAGUCACGUGCACUCGAAACCGCUCCUGUUUGCAUAAACUUGGCGAAACGAC